GUUACGUCACAGGAAGUGCUGCUCGUCGUUCGGUGUAAACAUGGCGUCCGUAACAACAGCCACCUCAGAGUGGAUUCAGUUUUUUAAGGAUGCCGGGAUCCCAGCUGGCCUCGCUGUUACUUAUGCAGUCUCAUUUGUGGAUAACAGAAUUCAGAAGACCAUGCUCAUGGACCUCAGCAAGGACAUCAUGAUGGACCUUGGAAUAACCGUGGUUGGUGACAUCAUUGCCAUUCUUAAACAUGCCAAACAGGUGUACAGGCAGGACAUGUGUAAAAUGGCCACAGAAGCCAUCUCCUCAGGACAGACCAGUGUUCAAGCUGAACUUAGAAGAACUGCAAAUACUCCUGCCACCCGUAUGAUUGCCAAUGCUUUGAGCCACGACUCCCCUCCCAAUACUCCAGCCCGUCGACCAGACAACCGCCUCUCGGUCACCGUCUCCAACACGCAAGCAAACAAAGGUAGCAAAGCAGUUGUAAGUCAACCAGCUGAUGAGGGGAAUGGUUUGCCAGCAGUGAAGCGCCGGCGAGUCACAGCUGAGAUGGAAGGCAAGUACAUAAUCAACAUGCCCAAAGGCACCACACCUCGUACACGCCGCAUCCUGGCUCAGCAGACCAAGAAAGGUUUGAAGCGCACCUCUGUGUUUGCAAGACUUGGAGCUGAAUCUAAGGCAGACACGACAACGACGAAUAACAAGCCCACCGGGGUGUUCAGUCGUCUGGACCAAGGGGUUCAAGAUGAAGACAGACUGAAACCAGCAAAAGUGGUUGGAAACAUGGUUGUAGAUGAGGAGGAUGACAGUGAUGAAGAAGGCUCCGUCCUCCAGUACGCUGGUGUCCUCAAGAAACCGCCAGCCCCCCAAAAGAAGGAGCCAGCAAGAAAACCACCUCCCACCACACUGCGGCGCCUGGGAGGCAAAUUCAAACUGCCUCCCUCCGACACGCCCUCAUCCUCAUCCUCCUCGUCUGCAGCUAACGGCCUCCCCCCUGCCAAGGUUAGCGUGCUUCAGAGACUGGGCAAGCUCCCUGCCACGCACCCCAACACAGCAGUGCCGCCUACGCCUGCCGACACGCAGGACAACCGAGUGACCAGCACCAGGCCCAAAGCCCAGGAGAGGCCGAGCAUAGCCAGCCCCAAGGUCAGCAGCAGCACUGGAGUGGGCCCCGGAGGAGACCCUGUGGGUGCUCAGAUGGAUGUGCAGGCCAUCAGCGUUUUUAAAAGACUGGGCAGCAAGAGAACCUAACGCAGACACCUCCAACAUGAGUCACACCCUUUCUAUGUCCACUUUAUCCAAUUACCAUCACCCUUUUACACUUUUUAAAGGUACAUCCAGGGUUGCAAAUAGAUAAUUGAGUGUUUGUCAGUCUGGAGUCAUUUUGAGUAGAACUGCAAUCUCCUGACUACGUGAACAACUGGAAUGCUACACUGUAGCUAAUAGAUGAUGUCCCUGCACACUUUAGUUAUGCUGCCAUUAGCCACUUUUUAUUCACUGUCCAAACAACUUAAAUUUAAGGAGUCAGAGUUCUCUGUGUUAUAUGUUUUUCAACAUAAAAGCUACAGUAUUUAUUAUCUCUGUCAUAUCUGCCAACUUUUGUUUUAGGAAUGUGUAUGAAACUAUAUUUGCGAGCUUAUGGCAUGAGCAUGACGAGCUGCCACGAUGGUGGUUUUUGUUUUACCUUGUAACUCCACGCGUAAGGAUGCUGCUGCUCCCUGUUUUGAGAUUUGUUUUAAAUGAGAAAUGUAAAUAUUGUAGGUUAAUUAUUAUCAUUGUGUUUGUAUUUGCCCGAAAAAAAAAAGGUCUUGUGUGCAAGGUACAGAGAGCCUUUCAAAAUGAGAAACACAAGAUGGCAGCUGGGCAUAAUACUAGUUGUAAGGUGACCGUUAAAGCUCCAGAUGACCUGCACGUUAAUGGUGAAAGUGGGAAAUUUGUCGUUGAAACUCUUAUGAUCUUUGGUCCUGGACUUGUGAGCGAAAACCCAAAUGGUUACACAGAACGACCUCAUGUAAGACUUGAAUCCUGUAAAAGCACCGUGGCUCCUUCUCUUCUGCACUUUGUGAAGUAGAGGAACAUUUUCUAAAAGACCUACUUGAAGGCUGUAGUAGAAUAAUGUUUAUUUUAAAAUGCAAUGUAUAGAUUUGUUAGUUGAUUUCUCACAGCACAGAACGUGUUCUGCUGCAUAUUUUUCUAUGCGGACAUUCUUGUACCAGGCGCCUGCAUAAUGGAACUCUUAUGCCACUGGGCCUGGUGUCAAGCCACUGUGCUGUAGCUCGAGUAGAUAGCUCACCUUACCUAGUUUGGGUCCUUCACACCUGUGUAAUUUUUGCUACAUUGUAAAUAUUUUAAAUGAUUCAAAUUAUGUUUAUGCAUUUUUAUUGUUUUAAGAGACAAAAUACAACAAACCGCUACGUCUUUG